GAGAGAGACAUCUAUCGCGACGGGUUCGCGCAAGCGUUGAUACGGCAGCUCCGUUUCGUCCGAGUCGUCGGGUCCCGUCGGGUGCUUUGGCCUCAGACUGCUCUCGCGAAAUCCGCCCGCGCGACCUUUUGUGUUUCCUACCUAUUAUGUAAUUUGUAUUUUCGCCGUUAUCGAUGGGCCGAUAGUGUGCGUGGCGUGCGUAGAAGUAGUAGAGUCGGCGGGCAGCCCCCUCCCCCCCCCGCGUAACCGCUGGCGUCUAGUGACAGAUAAGCCUGUGCGAGGCUCACGGAACUUUGGUCGUGUGAACGACACGAGUGUACAUCUCCCUCGGAUCCGCCGGAAAAAUUGGAGGAUAAUUAUUGCCGAAUACAUAAAAAAUGAGUUCAAGUGCAUGUUACAAAUGUAACCGCAUGGGCCACUUUGCGCGGGAGUGCCCACAAGGAGGCGGAGGUGGAGGUAGAGGAGACCGCGGCCGUGACAGAGAUGGUGGUUUCGGCCGUGGGCGUGAAAAAUGCUUCAAGUGCAACCAAUUCGGACACUUUGCGCGCGAGUGCAAAGAGGAUCAGGAUCUUUGCUACCGCUGCAAUGGUGUCGGGCACAUUGCGAAAGACUGUCAGCAGGGGCCGGAGCUGAGUUGUUACAAUUGCAACAAGACUGGUCACAUGGCGCGCAGCUGCCCGGAGGGCGGCAACGAGUCCGGACGCUUUGCCAUGCAAAGCUGCUAUAACUGCAACAAGACGGGUCAUAUCGCUCGCAACUGCACCGAGGCUGGUGGCAAGACUUGCUACAUCUGCGGCAAGACCGGUCACAUAAGCCGUGAGUGCGACCAGGACGAGAGGAAGUAGGAGAUAACCGAAAUCCGUGCCGCUCGCUUCACGAUAACGAUAAGCUGUUUACCGUCACGCGCGUCGCUACCGAGUAUUAUAACUAGGUAGGGAUGUGCAGACGUAUGUCUCGUUGACGCGUACAAUGUGCGGAUGGCGUGUGUCGACGCCGUCGCCGUCGUCGUCUCUCCUUACAGCCGCUGUAAUCUCCUCUCAGCCGCUGUCGUCGUCGACGUUGCCGACGCCGGCACUCAUCCUCGUCGUCGUCGUAGUCGUUCGGAUUUCCAUCUCUCCAUGCUCCCUACUCCCGGAGGCCAUCCAAGCCCUCCUCCCCUUAUCCCCAAUCUCCUUACCUUCUCUACCCACCGUUGUUCUCUUCGCAAGGGUUUUUCUUUUUUCUUAACGAUGUCUUUAAGUUUUUAUUGCUGUUACACUGACACACACACACACACACACACACAUACACAAGCCACACAUACAUGCGACAUAACAUAUGAUUACUUUGGCUGCGUUCAGAAAACACAACAGUCGAGCGAGCGUUUAUUGGGGAUACACUGGAUAUAUCGGAUUUACCAUAGAGCCAAACGAAUGCCUCAGUCAAAGAGGGAGGCUGAUCAAUCACUCGACGGUCAAGACCGUUCCAGUCGAAUAUUGUGUUUUCUGAAUGCACUCAUUAGUGAGCCCAUGGCACACGGUACGUGUGCUCUCGUGCUGGAUCGCGCGUGCGACGUGGUAAAAUACUAGAAACGAGCGAGAACAGACUUCAGUCGCGAAAUUGAGGAGAGUAAAAUUUGUCGCGAAGAAGCAGUCGCAGCAUUGACUAUAUGUGAUCACGACUAGUCGAUAUCCGACUAGAUCGGUGGUAAACAUGGUACAUAGGAAUGCUGCGUUCUCUGUGGGCUGAUUUCUAGGAAUUUACCGGCUCGCCCCAUCACACAGAGACACAAGCGCCGUGCGCCUUGAGCUUUACUCUCUUCUACUACAGAACAACAACGUGUGCGUGAGCGCAGGGUAACACGUCCGACGUUUUUACCAUGUUACACGUUCAUGGUAUAUAUACACACAAGCCACACAUACAGUCACCGCGCAUUAUAUACAUACACGUAUGUAAUAAUAUUAUAAACAUUCGAUUGAAUUAGAGUAGAGACAUGAGUCCUCUGUCCCCUGACUUUCGAACUGUCUCGUACGCGCAUUGUUUUCCGAUGCAAGAUGUAUGGAUACUCGGGAAGGAGCUACACGUGGUCUCGCGAAGUGUCGGCGUUUGUGCGCGCGCCAUCUCCUUCGUACAUGCACUCCCUCGGCGGCUCUCGCAUUUCUAAGACGCAAACAAAUUUUACAGAGACAGGUGACGGGUUAGUAGGUACAAAAAAAAAGAAAAAGAGAAAAAGAACGGACAGAUAUACCGGUGGUUUGCGUCCGUCGAGAGAGAGAGAGAGAGAGAGAGAGAGAAAGAGAGAGAGAGAGAGAGAGAGAGACGUCUCGCCAUUGACACAGGCACAGGCUCACGUCGCGACACUUUUCGCAUCCACGCAUCUUGUAUUUUCCGGUCCUCCCUCUCGAACUCUCUAGCCGACACUCACAAAGAAAAAAAAAAUAAAAGAGAAAAGGUAAUUUGGAAGCGAAAGCGGGAAUGGAAAGAGAAAGCGAGAACACAUGCCGGCCCUGAAUGCAUAAAAAUAAGAUUUAGUAACGCUAAUUUUUAAUGUGUAAGGAUGUAAUGAGGAUCUCGCCCGAGCUGUUACUACGUCAUAUUUUUUUUUCUUUGAGUUUCUUAUUUUCUUUUUCUUUUACUAUUUUACUUCUACCGGACUCGUCCGGCCCCGUCGUACGCGGACGGACGGACGGACGGACAAGAAAGCGAAACAUAGUUGUAGGAUUGUCAGUGUUUACGGGUUUAUAUACAGUUGUACUGGGUCUUGUGUAUCCCCCGACUUCUACGAAGUAGGGCGAAAGAGAGAGAAAAAAGAAACACGCGCUUUCUCCGGACACAAGGAGGGAAGGAAGCGUCGUGAUUUAUACCAGUAUAAUACGUUUGAAACAAAACGAUCGCUACAUCGAUAUGUAUGUAUAUAUACAUAUAAACACGGUGGUCUGUACAAGUUGGCACAUUUUGUACGUACAAUCAUAUAAUUGUUAAUAACGCGACUAUAGCUCAUAUAGUUCAUACCGUCGCCGGACUGUUGACGGACUUGAGAUGAGAGGUGCCCAUAACUGGACUGUACCAACCUUACUAUAUCCUUACAUGUUGCUGAAAAUACUUCGUUACUAGGUAUAUGUAUAUAUAUAUGCGCAUAUGUGUAUACAUAUAUUUAUGCAUAUGUGCAGGAGCUGUAUUUUGUACUGUAAAAAGCUAGCUAUACUCUGGUCGUUGCUGGUGACUAAUUCUGAUUAAUGCGAUAUUCUUUAUAUUCUACACGAGGAAUAUAUUUUUCAUGUAUAGAUACUACCACGCUACUCAUUGUGCGACCGAAUUUUGUUUUAUAUAUUUCUUGCUCGUGUGACUUAUACGUUGUAGGAGCAAAAUUUGUAGAUACGACUUAAAGAGAAAAAAGAGCGAGAAAAAGAAGAAGAAGAAGA